CUAUCAUACGUGACCUGGACAUACGCUGUGGCGUCCUGGGCAAGCUCAAAGCAAAAAUGGCUAGCGAUCACAUCCCGAUUUUCAUCAAUAUCGAGCCCUUCAGGCCCCAAGAUGGCCCCAAAAACAUCCCGAAGUGGAUCUCGAAGCACCCGGAGUUCCAACGGUUCCUGGAGGCCGCCAUUGCAGAUAUGUCCACGGAGCUAGGUCCCUGGGAGCGCCUCGAGCAGCUCAAGGAAUUGAUGUUUGCCUCGGCCGCGCACGUGCGCGAGUUUGUCAAGCACGAGGUUGCCAACACACUCGAGCUUAAGCAGUAUUGGGCCUUGCAG